UCCCUUAUUGCAGCCCAUGCUACUGAAUCAGCUUCUUUAUUUUUAGUGCCAACAAUUAAGAAUUGUUUUCCCCUACUUGCUGCAUCAAAAACCAAAUCACAAGCUUCUGAUAAAAAACGAGCAGUUCUAGUAAGAUUUGUAAUAUGAAUACCUUUACGUUUUGCAGAGAUAUAAGGUGCCAUUUUAGGAUUCCAUUUUCUAGUACCAUGGCCAAAAUGAACUCUUGCUUCCAUCAUCUCUUCUAAAUUAAUGUUCCAAUGUCUUCUUGUCAUUUCUCCCCAUACUGCCCCCCCCCCCCCCCCCCUUUUGAAAAAAGCGAAGAGGUACACUGAAAUAAAUAAUUGUUCCGAUGGAACCUUCUCUUCUACCGUAGAUUGGCGUAGAUACACAGCCCAAGCCAUUAUUCUUUUCUAUUUGUUAUUUUUUUUUUAUUACUAUUACCAAAUCAAAUGACUGCACCGAAAAACCAACGGAUCGUUUUAAAAGAUAAAAGAAAGUAAAAGAUAAAAGAAAGGGGUGAAUCUGCUCUUAGGUAUCAUGAAAUCCUAAAAAUCCUAAAAAAAUGAUUGUUCUUGUGUAUCAUGGAAAUUCUUUGAAAGGCAAGAAUCAAAUCAUUUUCUAUGGUAGAACAAAAUAUCUUUCAUUUCCCCCUCUAAUAGAUUCUUUUUUUUUUGAGUGCAAAGGCAAUGUUGUUAGGAAUGUUGUUAGGUUCGCUUGAAGGUGUUUUGAAGCCGCUAUCAACAGGUAUCAUCCCCCCCAGAACAACGUUUUCUUUUAGGCCUUUCAACCGAUCGAUAUGCCCUAGGAGAGCUGCUUUUGCUAAAACUCGAGCGGUUUCUUGAAAACUCGCUUCGGAUGUGAAACUUUGAGUAUUCAUGGAUGCUCUUGUUAUUCCCAAUAAGACGGCUUGGUAACAGAUCGCUUCUUCCAAAGCGCGCCCCAUUCGUUCUGCUCGCAACAAUCCAAUUAGUUCUCCGGGCGAAAAAACAUUAGACAUUUCAUCUUCUGAAACCAACACUUUUGAUAUUUGACGUACAGUAAUUUCUUAACUGCUUUUUGGACAACAAAUUUGUAGUGCUGCAAGCGUCACAGCUUGUCGAGUUUGUUGUAUUGAUGAAGGCUGCUGAUGGUAGUGUUCCCAAUCAAGAUAAUCACUUGUUGAGUUUUGAUGCAUCUACGUACGAACCGGGUGAAUGCUCUCUUAGACCUUGUAGCAAUGGGCAUGAAAAUAGUCUUGCGGGAUGCAGCCAAAACACUUGUAUGACUCAUAAAGAAAGUGGUUUUACGCCUGUGAUUAAGAAAUCCCUCGAUAAUGUUGAAAGAAGUGACAAUCAAACAAAUAGUUCUGCUCCAGAACCUUCUCGUGACAUGUCUUGUGGAUUGUCAAAACAAUCAGAAGGUUCUACACACUCUGAGUUGUGUUUCGGUGCGUUAUCCGACAUUCUAAACUCGGACAAAUUCUCUCAAGUAUGUGGUUUACUUCUCAAGAAUUUUGGUGUUGUUAAUGUUAAUCAAGUUUUGAACAUCGAUGCUAUAAGCUCGAAGAUGAAAAAUGGAGCUUAUGAAACUUCACCAGUGCUUUGCGUUAAAGAUAUCCAACAGGUAUGGACAAAGCUUCAACAAGUUGGCAAUGAGAUGGUUACACUUGCAAAUAAUCUUUCUGACAUAUCUAGGGCUCAUUACGAUCAGUGUUUUAGGAAACCACACGCAACCGAAGCUGGCGGCUGCCAGAGAUGCGGAGAAAAAGCAGAAGUCAAAAACUGUUUAGUUUGCGAUUCGUGUGAAGACGUAUACCAUCUCUCUUGUACAGAGCUCGUAGGUACCGAAAUUCCUCUAAAUUGGUAUUGUGCAAGCUGCGUUUCGAACGGAGCGGGAUCGCCUCAUGAUAAUUGCGUAGUCUGUGAGAAGCUGAAGGCGUCUGCUUCCGUACCACUUGUUAACGGUGUUUCAACAAACGAGCAAUCACAAGACGUACCAAAUCUGCAUGAUGUAACUGAUGAAAACCAAAGUUCGAACAUAUGUUUCAUGUGCAAAUCCGAGGUGAAGAUUGGAGACGAUUAUAAAAGGUGCGGGCAUUCUUUAUGUGGUCACAAGUUCUAUCACGCCAAAUGCCUAACAAGCAAGCAGUUGGUUGUGUGCGGCCCGUGUUGGUACUGCCCGUCUUGUCUAUGUAGACGCUGCCUUGUGGACAAAGAUGACGAUCAGAUUGUUCUUUGUGACGGUUGUGAUGAGGCGUAUCAUAUCUACUGUACGUUACCGCAACUCCUUUCUAUUCCGAAAGGAAGUUGGUUUUGUAGGAAGUGUGAUAGGAAAGUGAAGGGAAUUAAUACGAUGAAAAGGGUGUAUGAGAGUAUGCAAAAGAAGGUGAAAAUAGAAGAUGGGUUAGAGAAAGCGGAACGUGAAGCAACGGAUGAACGCGAAGGGAUAGACAUGCUUGUAACUGCAGCUAAAACACUAGGUUCCUCGGAUGCCUUUUGGAAUACGCGAUCAAACAUAUUGUAGGACAUGAAAAAUGAAAGUUUUUGAUACUCAUAACAACGGUGAUCCGGGCUGUAUUCAGGUUUGUACACUUUUUUUUUUUUCUUUUUUUGACGGUUUUUGGUUGGGAAGGGGUUACUUUCACAUUAGUAGCGAAAAACAUCCGUCUAUACUUGUUGUGUUAACCCUGGUGGAAUGAUAACAUGUUGGGGAUUUUUUUGUACGUCUAACUUUUGGUGUAUCAUUAUGCCAAUAAUUGAAUGAUUACUACUGUCAGUUUUCUUA